UAAUUAUCGACAUAUCGAACCCCCUUCACACGUUUCCAGCAAAAAGGCAAGAUUAAAUUUGAUUUAGUUUUUCUUUAAUUUUGGGCUUCUUCUUCGACUUUAGAGCACCCAUCAAUGUCUUCCCAUCUUAUCCGUAAUCCUGGGUCACCUCUAGACCUUGGAUGGGUAGAAAAUUCACGAGUGAAUUUACCCGCGGUGAAGCGAAGAGCUGAGACCUUGAAAACACGAAGGUCGGUAAAGAAACAAUGGCAGGCCGGAUGGCUUCUACGCGCGGUCACCUGCAUUGAUUUAACCACUCUUGCUGGAGAUGACACGAUUACAAACGUUUCCCGACUCUGCUUCAAGGCAGAGAACCCGAUUCGUAAAGAUCUAUUGGAGAAGAUGGGUGUUGAGGAGAGUAAGGUGAAAACCGGUGCAGUGUGCGUGUAUUCUAGCAGAGUGGACGAUGCUGUUUCUACGCUAAAAAAGCUGGGAUCUAAAGUCCCCGUUGCUUCAGUAGCUGCCGGCUUUCCUGCAGGUCAAACUCCGUUAAAGCAGCGAAUUGAAGAAAUAGAAAUGGCUGUGUCUGCUGGUGCCCAAGAGAUUGACAUUGUCAUCACCAGGGGACAUGUCCUGUCUGGAAACUAUCAGGCACUAUAUGAGGAGAUUGCGGCGAUGAGGAAAGCUUGUGGUGAUGCACAUCUCAAGACUAUCUUAGCCACUGGUGAACUUGGAUCGCUUACAAAUGUUUACAAGGCGAGUCUGGUAGCCAUGAUGGCAGGGUCUGAUUUUAUCAAAACGUCGACGGGUAAAGAGGCAGUUAAUGCUACCUUCCCUGUGGCGCUAGUCAUGGUCAGGGCUGUACGUGAUUAUUAUGAGCGGACAGGUCACAAGGUGGGGUUCAAGCCUGCCGGGGGUAUCCGCAGUGCUAAGGAUGCUCUGGUCUGGUUGUCACUGAUGAAGGAAGAGCUAGGCGAUGAAUGGACACACCCAAAUCUAUUCCGUCUUGGUGCUAGCUCCCUCCUUGGUGACAUAGAACGACAGUUGUUCCAUCAUGUCACAGGAAGAUAUGCUGCAGCUCAUGAACUUCCAAUGGCAUAAUCUGGUUAUUUAUCAAGUUACCCAUAACUUCAAAUGGCAUAAUUUAGCCAUUUAUCAAGCUACCCUUGACAUAAGAUGGGUUAUGGGCUGUAUAUACUUAAUUUAAUUGUGUCCAGUCUUUAUUGUUAUGGGUGUAUCCAGGCUUGUACUAAGGAGGUGUGGAGGGUGCACCCCUCUUGGAUGCCAAAUUUUGUGUCAUUUCUUAUAGAUUGCCAAAUAUUAUACACAUUAUCUAUAAAAUACUUAUGACUGCAUACCCCCAACCCCUCCCCCCCCCUCGCCAUUUCUAGGUAUUCACCUGGCAUCUGCCAAGAGGUGGUGGCAUGGGGGAUGUAAGGCAUGGCUGAACUUAACCCAUUUAAGAGCUUUUUUUCCGACUAAAAUUUUAUGUUAUCAUAUUUUUCAAAAGGGUUUCUGCCAGAGUAUCAAAAUCUAUCUUUUUUCCAUGCUAUUUAAUUUUAAAAUUACAACUGCUCAUUUAAAACUGCUAGUGAACUUACUAGUUCCCAAUCUUCCAAUUCAACUGCUUUUAUAAGCUAGUUGUUUUAUAUGUCUAAGUCCCAGCCAUAGGAAGAAGGGUACAGGGUGGGGGGGGGGGGGAAGGGAAGUGCUCAGUAACAUUAAGAAUGCUGCUUUUUAAACUACCUAUCAAUAAUAAGUGUGGAUUGAUGCGUUUUGCAGCAUCUUGUAUCAGGGGUGGGUCUAGCAGACCCGGGCCCAUCUUUGGUUUAAAAAUAACAAGAAAUAUAAAGAAAUAUACAGAAGAACAAUAAGUCAGGCUCCCCUUUCUUGAAACUUUUGCUUCCCCCCCCCCCCCCCUUUUUUGACUUCUGGAUCCGCCUCUGUGUAAUGUGAAAUAUUGGCUAAAAAGAAUCCUCAGCCAUUACUAAGAGAAGAAAAGUUGUCAUUUGAUAGAGGUGGAAAAUGGAACAAAUUUUGACCAUUAAAAAUUUAUUUAAAAUG